AUGGAGAGAAGUAAGGAAGAAGAUGGCGAUGGGGGGGUGGCAGGGCAACAGCCAGGCCAUGGGGCCCCGGGGCUGGCGAUGAAGAGGGAGAUUGGUCUGUGGAGCGCUGUGUCCUUGAUCGUCGGCUGUAUGAUCGGCUCGGGAAUCUUCAUGUCCCCGCAGGGGGUCCUGGUCCACAUGGGCAGCCCUGGGGCCAGUCUGGUGGUCUGGGCAGCGUGUGGCCUCCUGGCCAUGCUGGGUGCUCUGUGUUAUGCCGAGCUGGGCGCCCUGAUCCCCGAGUCUGGCGGGGAGUAUGUGUACAUCCUGCGCACCUUUGGCUCCCUGCCAGCUUUCCUAGCCGUCUACACGCUGGUGCUGGUAGGCAGGCCAGCCGCCAUCAGCGCUAUCUCCCUGAGCUUUGCUGAGUAUUCACUUGCUCCCUUUUACCCCGGCUGCUCCGCACUGCCCCAGGCAGUGCUCAAGAUUGUGGCAGCCGCCUGCAUCCUGCUGCUGAUGCUGGUCAACUGCUGGAGCUCGAGGCUGGCCACCAGGCUGAUGAACGUGUGCACGGCGGCCAAAGUGUUCUCCUUGCUGGUCAUCGUGGUGGGAGGGGCCGUGGCUCUGGGCCAGGGCCGCAGCCGCAGGGAAGCCCUUCUGUCUGCCUUCCAAAACACGACCCAGCAGGCGGGGCGCAUCGGCAUGGCCUUCUACCAGGGCCUGUGGUCCUUCGACGGCUGGAGCAACAUCAACUGUGUGACGGAGGAGCUCAAGAAUCCACACAAGAACCUGGUGUGGGCAUUGAUCAUCGCCAUCCCCAUGGUCACCGGCCUGUACAUCCUGGCCAACAUCAGUUACCUGCUGGUGCUGUCACCCAGGGAGAUCCUUUCGUCCGAUGCUAUGGCUGCGAGCUGGGGGAACCAGAUUCUGGGGUCCUGGGCCUGGCUGGUGCCCUUGGCUGUAGCCAUCUCCACAUUCGGGUCUGUCAAUGGGGCUUUCUUCAGCGGAAGCCGUGUGUGCUACGUGGCUGCAAGAGAGGGCCACCUGCCCCGAGUUCUCUCCAUGGUUCAUGUGCACCGCCUCACACCGUCUCCAGCCCUGAUGUUCACCACGGCGGUGGCUUUGGUGCUUAUCAUCCCAGGAAACUUCAGCAGCAUUGUGAACUUCUUGAGCCUCCUCUCCUGGCUCAUCUAUGGAACCACCAUUAGCUGCCUCCUGUACUUGCGGAUGAAGCGGAAGAAUCUUCCCAGACCUUACAAGGUUCCCACCCUCAUCCCUGCCGUCAUGCUCCUGGCUUCUCUCUACCUGGUGCUGGCACCCAUCAUCGACCACCCCCAGAUGGAGUUCCUGUACAUCUUCCUCUUCCUGCUCAGUGGCUUCCUGGUGUAUUUCCUGUUCGUCUACUUCCAGUGGCAGCCCAGGUGUUUGCAGACGGCUACCCUGCAGCUCCAGCUGCUCAUGGAAGUUGCUCCAACCACUAAAAAUAUGGACUGAAGGACAGGAUGAAGUCUUCGUUGUUCUUUUUGCUGAAA